AAUUAAUGCGGGAUAGCAACAAGGGGCACCGGCGACCACCUCCACCCGCCCACCGGAGUUCCCGCCUCCCGUCUGGCGUCUACCGGCAAAAACCAAGGCUAGGGCACGGACGGAGACGCACACGUGUCGGUGGCUUCGCCCCGCAUUCGAGGGGAUUUGGGACUUGGGAGCUCCGUACCCGAAGCCGCCAAAUCGAACGCCAAAAAGAAAGGGUUCUUCCUUCCCUCCCUAUUUCUCUUCCUUCAGAGAUGAUGAUGAGAAAUUAAAAAUAAAUAAAGAAAGCAAAGCGAGAGGGGAAGGAAGAAGAAAAAAGAUCGAAGAAAGAAAUAAAGAAACGAAGAAGAGCAAGUGUUGGAGAGAAGCUUCCGGUGGUUCGCUUCGUUUUUUUUUCCCGGGAUGGGGUUUGGCUGCGAGAGAGAUCGGAAGCCCACCGCCGGUACCAAAUGAUGAAUGAGGUCACUUCUUUUAUUAAAAUUUCAAGGUUUGGCUGCGAGAAAGAUCGGAAUCCCACCGCCGGUACCAAAUGAUGAAUGAGCUUUAAAUUCUAGACAGUGUUCCUCAAACACUCAGCUGUUUCUUACAAUGAAACCAAAAGCAAAUGCGGCCAUACAAAGAGCUCAAAAAGUGAAGCAUGUGCAAGGGGAAGGACCAAAUUGGGUCAUAAUUGCAGGUGGUGCCUUGCUUAGCACACUAUCAAUCAGGCUUGGCUGCAAGCUGAAGCAGAUAUUUGACACUAAGCAGUCAAAGAAUUUCAAUAAUGCAAAGGAGAAUGGAAAAUAUAUAGCCAAAAGAACGCCAGGAGCUUGCCAGUUACAUUCAAAAUUGUAUUGCUAUACUCAGGAUGAGGAUGGAUGCUACCACUGCCUCUCAGGGAUCUCAGAUGGUGCACUGGAUAUUAAGCGGCCCCCAGCUAGUCCAUUGUCAAAAGAUACAGAUGUUUCCCUCCCACUAGUAAAGAUCCCUGCAGCAGAUUCAAAUAAAGAUGGUACCGGGGUUAUGUGGGCAUCUUCACCUGAUCGUCUAGAGCUGCCUCAGAGGCCCUUACACCACUCAAACAGUUCGGACUCUCCCUGCGUCUCGGAAUCUGGAUCAGACAUCUACAGCAGACGAGAGGUGAUACAAAAGCUACGGCAGCAGCUCAAGAGACGGGAUGAAAUGAUAAUGGAGAUGCAGGCCCAGAUCACAGACCUACAGAAUUCUCUAAGCAUCCAAAUGACCCACUCGGCAAAUUUGCAGUCCCAGCUUGAUUAUGCAAACAGGGACUUAUUUGAUGCAGAAAGGGAAAUCCAACGGCUAAGAAAGGCCAUUGCUGAUCACUGUGUUGCAGAGGCAGGCACUCUGGAAAAACCUGUGACCACCAGAAGUUGGCGAUCAGAAGCUAUCAGUGGUCAGGUUAAUGGAUAUCCUGACAGCAUGGGUGAUGUGGAGUUGCACUGUGUUGGUGGGGAGAAUGUGAGAGACGGUGGAGAGAGGGUUGAGAUGCUCAAGAGGGAAGUUGGAGAACUAAAAGAAGUGAUUGAAGGUAAGGACUUUUUGCUUCAGAGCUACAAGGAGCAGAAGGUGGAGCUAUGCUCAAAGAUGAAGGAGUUGCAGCUGAAACUAGCAUCUCAGGUGCCUACUAUCUUGUAAGACAAUCUACCGAGAUUGCUUUCGAUUCUUGUCCAGGCCUUAACGUUGUGAUCUCGGAGCUGCUUGCUUCUUUUUAGUUGUGCUGCAAAUUUUAAUGUUGCAUAAUUUCCGGCAUCCCAGUAUCGCA